AUGGCGGGGAAGCCCAAGCUUCACUACUUCAAUGGCCAAGGCAGAAUGGAGUCCAUCCGGUUGCUCUUGGCUGCAGCAGGGGUAGAGUUUGAAGAAGAACUUUUUGAAACACGUAAAGAAUUUGAGAAAUUAAUCCAAGGUGGAACUCUGAUAUUCCCUGGUCAAAAUUCCAUGGUCGAAAUUGACGGAAUGAAUCUGGUAGAGACCAGAGCUAUCCUAAGAUUCCUAGCUGCAAAAUAUGACUUGUAUGGAAGGAACAUACAGGAACAAGCCUGGAUUGACAUGUAUGUAGAGGCCUUGAAGGAUCUGAGUGACAUGAUUAUGUUCUUUCCACUCUCUCUGACUGGAGAGAAGGCGAUGAAUCUUGAAUACAUCCUGGAAAGAGCCACUACAAGAUUCUUCCCUGUCUAUGAGAAGGAGUUCAAGGCCAGAAUCAGCUGCAUUCCCACAAUUCACAAAUUUCUCCAGCCUGGAAGCCAAAGGAAGCCUCCACUAGAUGAAGGCUCCAUUGAGACCAUGAAGAACAUAUUCAAAUUUGAACGUGGCAUGUUUCUUAAAAACAUGGGUACUAUAGUAGCCGAGUAUUAACAAACGAAGAGGUCUAAAGGCCUCGGCACAUCUCACU